AUCAUCUCUUUAUUCUGAGUGCAGUAGGGGUAUGGGAAAUCUUCAUGUUUACUCUCUCCAAUUUCUAAUCCUCUUUCAACUCAUUUUGAUGUCAUCAGCUCAAACACAAACACCGGCCUUGAACACAAGUAAUCUGGCCUUUUUUGUGUUCGGAGACUCCACUGUUGAUCCAGGAAACAAUAACUACAUUCGCACUUUGUUGAAGGGCAACUUUCCUCCUUAUGGCAAUGAUUUUGUGAAUCAGACUCCCACCGGAAGAUUUACUAAUGGCCGCCUUGUCACUGAUUAUGCCGCAUCUUAUGCCGGCAUAAAAGACUUUGUUCCACCAUAUUUGGACCCAAAGCUUAGCAUGGAGGAGCUGCUGACAGGAGUUAGUUUCGCUUCUGCUGGCUCUGGCUUCGACCCUCUUACACCCACAUUAUCUGGUGUUAUUUCAAUACCAAAACAGAUGGAGUACUUUAGGGAGUACAGAGAAAGGGUUGAAGCCUCUAUAGGGUCAGAAAGGAGCCAAUAUCUGAUAAAGAAUGCUGUUUACAUCAUUAGCGCUGGCACAAACGACUUCGCCCUCAAUUACUAUGGAACUUCACCGGUUCGCAGAUUUACCUACUCAAUUCCCAGAUACUACCAAUUUUUAGUCGAACAAAUCCAAAAGUUUUUACAGGAUCUGCAGGACAUGGGAGCUCGCAAGAUUGUGAUGGUGGGGAUACCUCCAAUUGGGUGCCUGCCUAUGGUUAUAACCCUGAAUUCUAAUAUUGUCGACAGGCUUCUUAGGCGUCAAUGUAUUCAAAGAUUAUCUGAUGUUGCACAAGGUUUUAAUCAAAUUGUUGAACAGAAAGUCAAAGAAGUGGAAAGGAUCGACUCUAAAAUUUAUUAUGUUGGCAUGUAUGAAAUGUUCCAAAAUAUUUUCCAAGAUCCCCAGAAGUUUGGUUUUGAUAAGGUUGAUACUGGUUGCUGCGGUACUGGAUUGCUGGAACUGUCGUAUUUGUGCAAUCCAAGAUCAAGGCUUUGUGCUAACAUUUCUGAUUACGUGUUCUUUGAUGCUGUACAUCCAACUGAAAGAACAUAUUUUCUCUUGUUCCAGGCUCUCUCUUCUACAAUCGAUAUCAUUCUCCACGUGAAGUAAUUAUUUCGG